CCCACAUUCGGCGCAAGUUUUGGUUUUCCUCUUAGUGGAUAUAACUACCUUAAAGUAGCCGGUGAUAGAUGACAGUAUGUGGCGCAAUCAUCCCAGACAAAUCGCCCAUUUGGACCUUUACUCAGCUAAGAACUAUCACUAAGGAGCAUGAGCUCCGAUCCCUCGAAAACGGGUGGUCUAGCCGUUGAGAGCUUCCCAACCACGCAGCCAGCCAUUGGAUCAAGGCCGGACUCGCCGGUCAAUUGCUCUGUGGGGACAUCUACGCUGGCUAGACGCUCGUCGGUGUUCGUGCGCUGGCCCGGCAAUGUCCGUCUUUGCAGACAAAGAAACCAGCCUAGGGGCCUCAUUGGGCACCAUUUCCAAAAGCAUGACGAGUCCAUUGUGAAUCCUCUCAAUCCUCUUCCUCAGCGGCAACAUCGUGGAUGGCGUUUCUGGGCCGUUUUCCCAGGCCUCUGCUUUGCCAUCCUUCUUGCUGCCCUGGACACCUCCGUUCUUGCCACUGCUCUCCCGACCAUCGUGGACCAGCUGCACUCGGGCUCGCUUUAUAUAUGGACAAUCAACGCGUAUUUUCUGGCUGUGGCUGCGGUCCAGCCUAUCGCCGGCCAAGCGUCCGACAUUUUCGGUCGGCGAUACCCUAUGAUCAUCUCCGUCGUCCUCUUUGCCCUGGGAAGCGGGCUCUGUGGCGGAGCGAGCACCACUGAAAUGCUCAUUGCCGCGAGAAUCGUGCAGGGACUUGGAGGCGGGGGAAUCUUUGUGAUGGUCGAUAUCAUCGCGGCUGAUUUGGUAGCCCUUCGGGAGAGACAGAAGUUAAUGAGUAUCAUCAUGGGCACCUUUGCCCUGGGGACGUUUAUCGGACCUGUCCUGGGAGGCGCCAUCGUCACCAAAACGACCUGGCGGUGGGUCUUCUACAUCAACCUCCCUGUAGCGGGAAUUGCCCUGGUCUUAGUGGCUCUGUUUCUGAGGGUCAAAUGGAACCGAGAGGGCACUCUCAAGGACCGACUUGCUCGCGUGGAUUUCUCCGGGAAUAUGAUCCUCUCUGCGGCGAUUGUAGCCAUCCUGAUUGCCCUUACCCGGGGAGGAACCACGUAUACUUGGAGCUCGUGGCACAUCCUCGUCCCGCUCCUAGUCGGCGCUCUCGGCUGCAACACCACUUCUCUGGUGGCCUACAUUCUCACUUUCCUGCACGGGAUCAUCAUGUCCUGGCUCUCGUUCUUCCUACCGGUUUACUUCCAGGUGAUGCUGCGGGCCAGCCCCAUGAGGUCCGGGGUGGAUAUUCUCGCCAUCGUGAUCCCUCUCAUGCCAGCUGGCAUCGCGGGUGGCCUCAUGGUGGCCAUCACCGGCCGUCUGAUUGCCGUCGGGGUUGGUCUCCUGACCCUCCUGACUGACAAGUCGAGUACGGCGACAUGGGUCAUCUUCCAAAUCAUCACAGGAAUCGGCGGCGGGCUGUCGCUCACCUCCACGCUGCCUGCUGUACAGGCUCCGCUGCCAGAGAAGGACGUCGCCAUCGCCACCACCAGCUGGGCAUUCGUGCGAAGUUUUGGCGCCAUCUGGGGCGCCGCCAUCCCCGCCGCCGUGUUCAACUCCAAGUUCGACAGACAGCUGUCUCACAUCAGCGACCAGGCCACCCGCGCACUCCUGGCUCGUGGUGGGGCAUAUGAACAUGCCACCAAGGUCUUCAUUGAGACCUUUGACAAUAAUCCAACCGUGCAGCUGUGGAUCCCGCAAGUGGAGUUGCGGAAGGAAUUGGUGACGGAGUUUGGACUGGACGAGAAAUAUGACGAAAAGAAGAGACGUGAAGCCAUUGAGCAAGAGACAGGAGUAGAGCUGUCGAAUCGAAGCACUCACAGGGGCGACUAG